AUGGCGCGCGCUGGUCCGCCGCUGCCCGCUGCCGACCGCGCGAGCGCGGGCCCCCCCGCGCCGCCCAGAAGCCCCGUGCACUCCGGGCCAGCGCCCUCUGCGCUGGGCCUGUCGAGGGCCGGCCCCGUGUUCCCGCCGCCCGCGACGGAGACCGCCAAUUCGGGAAGCCCGACGUCUCUGAGGUCGUCCACGCGCUCAGGGCCGGCGACGCCAGCCUCAGAUCCCCUGCAUCUCGGACCACCGUCGCCCCUCCGCAGCUCCACGCGCCCUGGCCUUCCGGCGCUGCCACCUGGCAUGGCGCGCACGGGCCCGCCGCUGCCCGCUGCCGACCGCGCGAGCGCAGGCCCCCCCGCGCCGCUCCGGAGCUCCGUGCGUUCUGGUCCUGCGCCUUUGGCGCUGGGCAUGGCGCGCACUGGCCCGCCGCUGCCCGCUGCCGACCGCGCGAGCGUGGGCCCCCCCGCGCCGCCCAGAAGCCCCGUGCACUCGGGGCCAGCGCCCUCUGCGCUGGGCCUGUCGAGGGCCGGCCCCGUGUUCCCGCCGCCCGCGACGGAGACCGCAAACUCGGGAAGUCCGACGUCCCUGAGGUCGUCCACGCGCUCAGGGCCAGCGACGCCGGCCUCAGAUCCCCUGCGUCUCGGACCACCGUCGCCCCUCCGGAGCUCCACGCGCCCUGGCCUUUCGGCGCUGCCACCUGGCAUGGCGCGCACGGGCCCGCCGCUGCCCGCUGCCGACCGCGCGAGCGCAGGCCCCCCCGCGCCGCUCCGGAGCUCCGUGCGUUCCGGUCCUGCGCCUUUGGCGCUGGGCAUGGCGCGCACUGGCCCGCCGCUGCCCGCUGCCGACCGCGCGAGCGUGGGCCCCCCCGCGCCGCCCAGAAGCCCCGUGCACUCCGGGCCAGCGCCCUCUGCGCUGGGCCUGUCGAGGGCUGGCCCCGUGUUCCCGCCGCCCGCGACGGAGACCGCCAAUUCGGGAAGCCCGACGUCCCUGAGGUCGUCCACGCGCUCAGGGCUAGCGACGCCGGCCUCAGAUCCCCUGCAUCUCGGACCGCCGUCGCCCCUCCGGAGCUCUACGCGCCCUGGCCUUUCGGCGCUUCCACUCGGCAUGGCGCGCACAGGCCCGCCGUUGCCCGCUGCCGACCGUGCGAGCGCGGGCCCCCCCGCGUCGCUCCAGAGCUCUGUGCACUCCGGGCCAGCUCCCUUUGCGCUGGGCAUGGCGCGCACUGGUCCGCCGCUGCCCGCUGCCGACCGCGCGAGCGUGGGCCCCCCCGCGCCGCCCAGAAGCCCCGUGCACUCCGGGCCAGCGCCCUCUGCGCUGGGCCUGUCGAGGGCCGGCCCCGUGUUCCCGCCGCCCGCGACGGAGACCGCCAAUUCGGGAAGCCCGACGUCCCUGAGGUCGUCCACGCGCUCAGGGCCAGCGACGCCGGCCUCAGAUCCCCUGCGUCUCGGACCACCGUCGCCCCUCCGCAGCUCCACGCGCCCUGGCCUUUCGGCGCUUCCACCUGGCAUGGCGCGCACAGGCCCGCCGUUGCCCGCUGCCGACCGUGUGAGCGCGGGCCCCCCCGCGUCGCUCCAGAGCUCUGUGCACUCCGGGCCAGCUCCCUCUGCGCUGGGCAUGGCGCGCACUGACCCGCCGCUGCCCGCUGCCGACAGCCCGAGCGCGGGCCCCCCCGCGCCGCCCAGAAGCCCCGUGCACUCCGGGCCAGCGCCCUCUGCGCUGGGCCUGUCGAGGGCCGGCCCCGUGUUCCCGCCGCCCGCGACGGAGACCGCCAAUUCGGGAAGCCCGACGUCCCUGAGGUCGUCCACGCGCUCAGGGCCAGCGACGCCGGCCUCAGAUCCCCUGCGUCUCGGACCACCGUCGCCCCUCCGCAGCUCCACGCGCCCUGGUCUUUCGGCGCUUCCACUCGGCAUGGCGCGCACGGGCCCGCCAGUGCCCGCUGCCGACCGUGCGAGCGCGGGCCCCCCCGCGUCGCUCCAGAGCUCUGUGCACUCCGGGCCAGCUCCCUUUGCGCUGGGCAUGGCGCGCACUGGUCCGCCGCUGCCCGCUGCCGACAGCCCGAGCGCGGGCCCCCCCGCGCCGCCCAGAAGCCCCGUGCACUCCGGGCCAGCGCCCUCUGCGCUGGGCCUGUCGAGGGCCGGCCCCGUGUUCCCGCCGCCCGCGACGGAGACCGCCAAUUCGGGAAGCCCGACGUCCCUGAGGUCGUCCACGCGCUCAGGGCCAGCGACGCCGGCCUCAGAUCCCCUGCGUCUCGGACCACCGUCGCCCCUCCGCAGCUCCACGCGCCCUGGUCUUUCGGCGCUUCCACUCGGCAUGGCGCGCACGGGCCCGCCAGUGCCCGCUGCCGACCGCGCGAGCGCGGGCCCCCCCGCGCCGCCCAGAAACUCUGUGCACUCGGGGCCAGCGCCCUCUGCGCUGGGCCUGUCGAGGGCCGGCCCCGUGUUCCCGCCGCCCGCGACGGAGACUGCCAACUCGGGCAGCUCUUCACCAUCAAGGAGUCUCUCUCGAUUGGGGCCCGCUCUGUCGGCGUUCGACGCUGCACAUGUGGGCGCCAGCUCGCCGCCACGCAGCCAUUCCAGGACAGGCUUUCCACCGUCAGCCUCAGACUUCUUACAUCCAGGAUCCAGCUCGUCGCCGAGGUGCCCCACGCGGCCUGGGCCUUCCACGCCGCUGCCGGGCACGACGCGUGCCGGCUCCUCGACGCCGACGCCCGACCGCGCGAACUUCGGCCCGCCACCGUCUGCCCGGUCCCCCGUGAGGCCCGGUUCAGGCAUUCAAUUCACGUCCUCCAACACGUACAUAACGGAUACAGGCUCCGGUUUGGAGCUGUACGUCAGCGGCAGCAGGGCAGCGACGUUCGACAGCACUGGGGGCACCCUGCACGGAACGUGGGACUCAGACAACGCCCUCAGUAUGUCCGACCGCAGGUUGAAGCAGGACAUCGUGCCGCUUCAGCGGACUCUCCGCGACGCGCUCAGCAGCGCCAUGAGCGCGGCCGCGAGCGGCCAGGCGGACGGCACAGUGGACGCUGUGGGGUCGCAGCAGCCCGGCGGCGCUAAGGCUGCCUCGCAGAAGCCGGGGGCCUCGUCGACCGACAGCACGCUGUGGCUGCUGCGGCAGCUGCGGCCCGUGUCGUACUCCUUCAAGAAGGGGGCGGAGUCCAAGUACAUGCGGUUCGGUUUCAUAGCUGACGAGCUCGAGAGCGUCGUUCCGCAGGUGGUGCGCAACGUCGGCAACAGGAACCGGGCGGACUUCGAGGACCAGAAGGCGGUGGUCUACCAGGAGACCUCAUCGCACUGCUCGUCGCCGCCUCGCAGCAGCAGACGCAGAAGCUCGACGAGCAGAACGCCGAGAUCGCUGCGCUCAGGGAUGCGCAGGCCACGCAGGCCGAGCAGAUGGCCGAGCUGUUCGCGGAGUUGCGCAAGAUGA